AUGUUUAAAAGAUACAACGGGUCAAUUUUAUUACUUUUAACCUUAUUUAGGUUAGUAUUUGCUGGCUUACCAGACUGUAAAAUGAAUUAUGUCCCUCCUUCACCACCUGGAUUUACAUAUGACUUGUACCCAGAAAUUUAUUAUACCAGACCUCUGUACUUCGAUGGUUUAUCGCCACUAAGGAUUAUGUUCCGGCCAAAUGUUCUCGGUAUACCAAUAUAUGAAGGUACAGCUACUGGAUUGCAGUUUUAUCUUACUGGAAAUUUCCCAGGGGCAACUAUAAUCAACGGAACAGUAUAUGAUAAUUCAAUUACAGUGUCAAAUUUUAGUAUGACAGCAGAUGCUUGGCUUAGAGUAGAUCAAUCUGGCUAUUACACUUUUAUCAUCCUAUCGGAUUUCUCAGCAGUAAUGACCAUAAAUAAUGAUACCUCUCGUUUAUGUAGCACUCAACCUUUUGCUGAUGGGUUUAAUGAUACCUUUUUCAUUAGCAGUUCCAAUGCGGCUCCCACUAAGCAACACUCAACAGGAACUGUUUAUCUAUAUGCUGGUAUCCCAUAUGAAUUGGGUUUAACCUUUGCUCAUCCAGUGGGUUUACCCUACUUACAACUAUCACUCAUUGAUCCUAAUGGACAAUACCAUUCAGAUAUAUCUUAUUUGCUCACACAGCUGGAUGUUUCAGACGGUGCUCUUCUGAAGCCAACACUUCUUUAUGAUUUAGUUAAUGUUACUAGUACGAUAGAAUGGGGCGGUGACAGUACCACUUUAUUGUCGGUGACAUCUACCGCGACAACUGGACCUGAUAAUUCAUUAACCGUUACUAGCAUAUACUAUAUUGGAACGCCACUAUUAAAUGUUACCUCGACUAUAUCGUCCAUUAUUCCAACUAGUAUAUCUACAGAAUCUUUAUCAACAGUUUUGGUUAGCACAUCUAUGAUAUCCAAUAGCACCAUUAUGACAAACACAACACAAUUAUCCACAAUAUUGUCAGUCAAUUUUACCGAAUAUACUGAUGAAAAGACGCAUGAAUCAUCUAGAUCUGCUAAUGAAAGCUCAAGUGCAAGCUUAACGGUUUUUGUUUAUUCCAGUUCUCUCUUUGAUGUAGAAACAGGUAGUGACAAUUCUAGUUCAUUUCAAACUCCUAUUAUGACGUCAGAAGUUCCUAGUACGGCUAGUCCAAUCCAAGGAGUUUCAUUUGGAAAUAGUUCGUUCGCUAGCGAAGUAACGUCGUCAAAUAACGUUACUUCGAAAAACAAACUUCUCACCUCAGAAUCUCUUUUAAGAAGUUCACAAAACAGUAUAAUAGAAUCUGAACCAAUUAAAGUAACAUCAAGCUCGGAGUUGGCUCAACAAAUAACUAUUAUUGAAUCAAAAGUAUCCGAUAAUCAUUUUUCGAGAAGUUCUUCGGAGUACUUGGAUAUUAACGAUAGUACUGGCGUAACUACAAUCACAAGUAUGAUCGCAACAUCUGAUAAGAGAAGUAAUGUUAUAUCUGUGAGUCAAUCGAUACCAAAUGACAUUAUUUUAACCACUAAGACAAUAUCGGCUGAGAUUUAUACAGUUAUCAUAGCCGAAUGCUCAAGUUGCCUUAACAGUCAACGUACUAUUACAUUGGCAGUUUCUACAACCAAUAGUAAUGUAUGCAUUGAUCAAUCAUUCUUAACAAAUUAUGGCAAACAGUCGGUUUCUUCUACUGUUGUAAAGCCUAGAUUUUCUAAUGCUGACAUUGUUUCUGCAAUACCUGUAGAUGGGGUGGAACCAGCAAGUAAAGUAUCAAUAAUCAGUUCACACCAUAUACGACCAUCAUCUAUUUCUGUAGCAGUUGUAGCAGUUAACAAUGCUCCAUUCCUAGCAAAUAAUUCUUUCAUGGGAGUACUGGUUUUUGUCAUUAGUUUCACCUUGUUUUCAUUUUAA